CCCGAGACGCUGACAAUUUGAAACUUGGAACGUCAUUAGUCUGUUUAUCUCUGAACUCCAUCGAUUCAAUUGAUGUUAAUUCAAUACUGUUUUAUCCCAAAUGACUGAUGACCGUCAUGCCUCAUUUAUGAGACACUAAUAAGGGACGAGAUGAAUUUCAUGAAGAGUAUAUCGGUGAAUAACGUCAAGACUGGAGAUGCCAUGCAACUUAAUAAUGUUGAAGUAUUGUAUACAAAAGUGCAGAGAGUGUAUGUGAAACCACAGCAUAAGGAGGAGAGGCAGAAGGAUCUGAGGGUCAACGUGGAGAUCCACUCGGGGAUCAGUCCGGUCUGUCAGAAGAGCCUGUGUGUUCUCCUAGCAGACGAUGACGAUCCCUGCUUCCUCUACUCCCUCCUCAUCAACGACGAGGACUUCAAGAUCCUCAAGGCCCAGCAGGGUCUCCUCGUCGACUUCGACAACUUCGCAACCCAACUCAUAUGCCUCCUCGAGCAGUGCAACGUUUCCUCCCCUGGGGCAUCAAAGGGUCCGCCUAAAUUCCUGCUCCUCCUCGCUGAAGAGAAUGGCGAGUGGAUCUUCAAACUAGUCGAGACGAACAACUUCAAACACUUGUGCCAUCUGAGUCUCAGCAUUGCACCCGCCAGUGACCACGAUAUCAAAACACACAUGGCGAUGAAGAUAAAAAAGCUGAAGGAGGAUCUUGGGAACAGGAACAGAGAGGCUCUGGGGUUGGAGACGAGACUGAAUGCACUUAAUGAGGAUUUCGAGAGCAAAGUCAGGGAGUACGAGCAGUUGGAGCAGAGAUUUUUGACUGAGAAGAGCCAGUUGCAGAUGACAACGACGCACCAAUUGAGUAUUGAAAAAGAAAGAUUGACCCAAGCAAAGCUGGAAUGGCAAAAGCUCUCCGAACUAGAAAAGAUCAACAUAGAGCGCCGCCACAGUGAGAUCCUCCAGCAGCUCCACGCAGAGCUCUCAGACCUUCGUGCUCAGAACCUAUCCUACCGCGAGAAACAAAGCUCCCUGGAGACAACCUACGCAGACCAACUGAAGCAGCUCCAGACCCUCGAGAGAGACCUCGAAAUCGCCCAGCGUGACCUCUCCCACCUCAAGAAACAAAACUCAAAGCUCGACGUCGACUACCACGACAAAGACAAAGUUGUGAACGACCUGAGAAUGAGAGUAGCCGUUCUCGAGCAAGACCUGAAAGACAAGACAAUCCUCAUCAACAAGCACACAGAGAUGUGGAAGACUGGAAAGGAGCAGAAACAGCAGCUGGAGGAAUUGCUCUCCGAAAAGGAGAAUCAACUCCAGAGAAAGCAGAAUGCCCUGAAACACGUGGGGGAAGAGGUGAUAAAAGCAAACGAGAUAAUAAAAAAAAUUCAGAACGAGCUGUCGACAGCCAAGUCCAAGUUGAAACUGAGAACAAGUAUUUGUCUAGAGCAGGAGAAGCUGCUGGACACAAAGCAGAAGGAGAUUGGCCAGCUCGAGACGAAGCUCGAGGAGAACUCAAAAGUCGUCAAAGACUUGAAAUCCGAAGUGGAAAGUUUGCAGAGUGAGAUAAGAACGCUCAAGUCCCAGGUGGAGUCUCAGGAGAAGACGAUAAAGAAUAAUGACAAUGUGAUCAGUUGGUUGAACCGCAGAUUGGCUGACAGUCAGUUGCCUCUGCAGAGUGUCACGACACCAGCAGCCAUUAAUGUCCCCUCGAACUUUCAGUUGACUUUGCCACGGACUAAUAAAUUUCUCACGAACAAAUACGAGAGCAAAACACCAACGACUGGGGCUACUCUGCAGCAGAGUGCUCCUCCGACUGGUGGAUUCAAUCCGAGGAAUGGAAUGCAGGGGUCCAAUGCCAAUCAGACGUCGAGGACUUCUCCGGGACGUGCGGGGGUCGGGGUUAUUACGGACAGCACUGUGGGACCUGGGGCCUUCAGCAGGACUGGCCACAUGGGGAGCACCAGCACACCCAUGGAGAGGAUGAAUAUUUACCAGAAGUUACCGAGUGCUGGGCUCGUGGAGACUGCGGGGGUCAAUGGGGCGAAUGAGAAUAACAAUGUGCCUUUGGGGGCCAAUAUGGUCAGGUCGAAGAGUGCCUCGGGGGUGGGACUCAGGAGGGCGGUGCUGGAUAAACCUUUGUUACCUUCUGCCUAUUUUUCGAAGCCUCUGCACUGAGAAAAAAAAUUAUUUUUGCCAAAUAUCC